AUGGGCGUUGCGAAGCGAAGUUUCAGCCCUAGCAUGAUGACGAGCGUCUAUGAGAAAGACUUCUCGGACAGCGAGGAGUCCAGCCUCGAGACGGAUAGGUCGACAAUCUUGGACAACGGCCAAAACCUGGACUCAGAGGCUUUGAUUUGCCUCCCUGGCCAAAUUGACAUCCGCUGCUAUAUGCUGCCCACAAAGCCAGUGAAGCCUGUCAUGGACCUCGUGGCAGAUGAGGAGGCUGCAAGAGCUAUGGGCCUUGACUUCGGCUUGGAAGAAAUGGAAGACGACUUGGAAGAUCCUGAGAUGGCUGUAGAGCUCCCAGAGAGCAGUUUUUCGGCAGAUGAAGAGGCAGCUGUUGCAAUGGGUCUGAGCAGUUCCCUUGAGCCAAGCCCAGCUCCAUCCAGCCCUAGUGCAGCCGAAGCUCCAGCACUGGCAGAGGUCCCAGAUGCUCCAGCAGAUACUCCAGCAGAUACUCCAGUAAGACCAAAGCGGAAGUCGCAGACUGUGUUGGGUGCAACGCCAGAGAAGAAGGUCAGAGUUGUGGCGCCAAGACAGCAAGUGCAGGACAAGAUGGACAAGAUGGACAAGUCGGGCACUGCGAUCAACGACAUUCUUGGUGAGACUGUGCACCGCCCUGCUGAAGUGGGCGAAGUGCUAUGAAAUGUAUAUUGAAAUGUAUCGAAAUGC